UUGAAAUGUGGAGGCAUACUAUUAUAUCGAACGUGCAAGUUGAUUUCAGAAAUUUUCUGUGAUCUUUAAAACUUUGGUUAAGUUUCACGUAUAGAUACGUGUACGUGUGUAUACUUUGUUGGAAAACGUACAAGGGUGAAUUAACAAAAAAUGGUGAAGAUCGAGUCAUGUGACUCUCAGGUUUCGAUCGGCCUAUACCAGCAAGAUCAUAUGCGACCCGUUGAGGAUUUAGAUCCCGAUUCGGAACCCUACAGUUUAGAGGCGUUCAAGAAAAAGCUUCGUAUGAGCGUGGUCAAAUGUGAUGAGGAGGAACUUGAGUUUGAUCUGAUCGGUGUGAAUCCUGCAAUCGCGAAUGCCAUUCGACGAAUUCUCAUUGCUGAAGUGCCGAUCCUUGCAGCAGACCGUAUAACCCUGAUCAACAACACUUCAUUCUUACAUGAUAAAGAUCUCACAAACCGGGUUGGUCUCGUGCCUAUCAAGGUUGACCCGCGGCUGUUUGAGUAUCGUAUGCCGUCGGAAUCGGCUUCAGCUGAAAACACCAUUGUGUUUGAGCUAAAUGUUCGCUGUACGAAAAACCUGCAAGCGAACCUCGAUGCGACUGACCCCAAGGAACUGUACAUCAACAGUGACGUAUAUUCUCGACAUAUGAAAUGGGUGCCGCUUGAGGGCCAGGAGGCCUUGCUCGCCAAAAACCCUCCGAAGCCAGUCCAUGGCGAUAUUCUGAUCGCAAAAAUGCGUCCAGGCCAAGAAAUCUCAAUGAAAAUCGAAUGCAUGAAAGGUAUUGGCAAAACACACGCAAAGUUCUCGCCAGUAGCUACUGCAUCGUAUCGAUUACUACCAACGAUCGAUAUUCUGGAAGAAAUUCGGGGAGAGGCCGCUGUCAGGUUUCGGGAUUCAUUUUCGAAGGGCGUUGUCGAACUGGAACGAAAGGGCAACGAAAACGUCGCUCGCAUUGUAAACGCCCGCAGAGACACGUGCAGCCGAAACGUGCUUAGGUAUGAUGACCUCGCAUCGAAGGUGCGUCUCGGCCGGAAGAGGGAUCAUUUUAUAUUUAGCGUGGAAAGUGUGGGUAUGUUACCGCCAGACGUCCUUGUAAAAGAAAGCAUCAAAGUGAUGUUAGCCAAAUGCAAGAACUUUCUCGAACAAAUCGAGAGAGUACGCGGAAAGAGACACGAAAAUCUGAAUGAAAAUGAUAGCGAGUAAUUGUUGUUUAUCUUGACAUUUGUCCCAGUCAGCAGCCGCUGUGAUCCCUUGUGGAGACCAUAGGCAUCGUGGACCAUGGCUUCGGGCGGUUUUACGUUCGCUUUAACCAGGAGCAUCCACGAUGAGUGAAGGCUUUGAAAGAAGACGAGCAAGAUAAAGUUGAAUAGAAAAAACUUAUAUUAUUAUUGUUAUUACUUAUUGUGCACAUAGGUAGACAUCAGGUCGAUGCCUAAUCAUGACAUAAAUA